AUGGCUGUGACGAAGAGCAACAGGAAGAAGCAGCAGAGUUAUAUUUCCGUGUCUUCUCAGAUUAUCAGCUCAAUCUCACAAUCUUCACUCGAGUGCUUGCUAGAAUCUCCCAAGAAAAAGCACAUUUCUUCCUCAAAGCUAAGGCCUUUUUUGAAGAAUCCAAGAUUCUGGGUUUUCUUGAUUUUUGUACUGUGUUUUCUUUGUAUGUUGAAGAUGUGGUUCAGCUUUGAUCCAGUAACGCCUCUGACACAAAACCUAUAUUUUAUUCCUCAAGAAAAGACAUUAUUAUCAACUGGGCUGUCAAGUUCUCAGCUGAAUCUUGUGGAAAAUGAAGAAACAGAUGAUAAAAUUGAGUUUUGGAAACAGCCUGAGGGGAUGGGUUAUAGGCCUUGUUUGGAUGUCAGUGCGAAAUAUAGAGCGGAAACUGUUGAAAUUAUGAAGGACAGGACCAAGUACUUAAUGGUGGUGGUUGCUGGUGGACUGAAUCAGCAGAGGAAUCAAAUUGUUGAUGCUGUUGUGAUUGCAAGAAUUCUUGGAGCUGCUCUAGUUGUUCCUAUCUUGCAAGUCAAUGUCAUAUGGGGUGAUGAAAGUGAAUUUUCUGAUAUUUUCUAUUUGGAUCAGUUCAAGAAUGUUUUAGCGAAUGAUGUUCGAAUAGUUUCAUCGCUUCCCUCGACACAUUUGAUGACAAGGCAUAUGGGGGAGAAGACAACUCCUCUUCAUGUUUCUCCCGAAUGGAUUCGCUCACACUACCUUAAAAGGCUUAAAAGGGAUGGUGUAUUACUUUUACGUGGCCUUGAUUCUAGGCUUUCCAAGGAUCUUCCUUCCGAUCUUCAAAAGCUUCGCUGCAAGGUGGCUUUUCAUGCAUUGAGAUUCGCCCCACAUAUCUCAGAACUUGGUAACAAACUUACUGAGAGGAUGAGAAGGAAAGGACCAUAUCUUGCUCUUCAUCUGCGUAUGGAGAAGGAUGUAUGGGUGAGAACAGGGUGUCUUCCUGGUCUAAGCCAAGAGUACGAUGCGAUGAUAAAUAAUGAGAGGAAGUCACGGCCGAAGCUCUUGACUUCAAGAAAUAACAUGACCUACCAUGAUAGAAAACUUGCAGGCCUCUGCCCCUUAAAUGCCUUGGAGGUCACACGAUUGUUGAAAUCGUUAGGAGCACCAAAAAGUACAAGAAUUUACUGGGCCGGAGGGAUUCCAUUAGGUGGAAAAGAAGCCUUGCAACCUUUGACUAGAGAAUUUCCUCAUUUCUAUAACAAGGAAGACCUUGCCUUGCCGGGGGAGCUUGAACCAUUUGAAAAGAAAGCUUCAUUAAUGGCUGCUAUUGAUCACAUGGUUUCUGAAAAUAGCAACGUAUUCAUGGCGUCUCAUGGUGGAAAUAUGGGCCAUGCAAUUCAGGGGCAGAGGGCCUAUGCAGGGCACAAAAAGACCAUCACACCUAACAAAAGACAGAUGCUUAGAUACUUUAUGAAUUCUUCUCUCCCUGAUGCCGAAUUCAACAACAUUAUAAUUGAUUUGCACCGAGAUUCCUUGGGGCAGCCAGAACUUAGGACUAGCAAAGUAGGAAGGGACGUGACGAAAUAUCCUGUCCCAGAGUGCAUGUGCAAUAAUUCAGUGACAAAUUCCUCUUUCUAA